GGCUCUGAACAAAGACAAAGAAGUUUGCUAUCGACUGUUUCAAAGAUUGUGCGCUUCGUUCAAGUAAGUCAAAUAUGUUGUGUUCACUUAUUUCCUUUGUGUGGACGUUUAUGCCUGUUGCCGCUCCGAAUUCAUCUAACCUACAUGACAAACGGUCCACCCGCGAAGUGGAACACCCGAGAGGCGGGCAACCGGCGUCCGCCUUUCCCCUGCGGAUUAAGUUUGGUCUACAGUAAAAAUCCACAUAAAAGAACCACUAUUUUUAUGUCUGGCCAAGAAACCAGGCUGAAAAAUCAGGCCAUGUUGGUUCUUUGAUUUAUUUCUAGUAAAAAAACAAUGGACUUUAUCUAUUUCAUUUUUGUUCCAAUGGCCUAGGGUCCGAAAACCCAAAUAUUUUUUGGCCUAAUCGUGUUUCUGUAAUGGUAUUUCAGACCUGGCAUUCCCGGUCCAGACUCUUUGUCAACUCUGUCGACAGCCACAGAACUUCUUCAGUUAUUGAUGCCUUCGAGCACGCCCGGAGUGCCGAGCAAACCCGAAGAUGCUACGGAGGAUACCGAAUCAGCAAUGGAAACAGGUAAUAAGGAAGAGGAAAGGAAAAUAGAGACGGGAAAUGAUGGCGAUAAAGUGGAAGAAAUUGACAUCGAUGUUGAGGGAAAAGACGGCAAAGAUCAGCAAAAUGAAAAAGGUUGGAAAGUUCGACUUUACUAAUAUCGCGAAUAAAUAAUAGAGAUCAGAAUACAAAAUAUCUUCGUAGGAAAUGUUCUUAGAAAAUUUUAGGAAAAUACUAGAAUGCCAUAUAAUUUACUUAUUGUUUACAAAAGGGUUUUGCAAGUGGAGAUCGUCUUGUGCCGAGAUUGAAUUUGAUCACAAUAGGGCCAUUUAUACGGGCGAAAAUAAGCCGUGGCCUAAGGGAGUGUUCAUUAUUUAUACCCGGGGUUGGUACCGUUCAAGAGAAACUAAUCGAAAAGAGAAAAAAACAACUACCCACCCUUUCGAUCAACCAUUUUUUUCCCUAUCCAACUAUUGCGUGACUUGGAUUUUUAUUUUACCCAACCCAAUUUCAAAAUUAUACAAGUAUUUUACAUAUAUACAUAUAUAUUAUUAUACAAGCUAGGCCACUAUAGUAUAAACAGUACUGUGCAUAUUUGGUGCACCAACUGAAUGUCAAAUAUAAUCAUUUGUAUACCUUCACAAGUUCAUAUUAUGUUCCCAAGCUUCCAAGUUCCUGCAGUCCUACCAUAUCUGAUAUCUCGUUGUUGUAAUCAGAGGGGAUGGGGAGUUGGAGUUUAGUUUUCUUUGUGGGGAAUGAAUGGAUAUUUCCUGGUUUGUAUUGAAAAUAAUUUACCCAACCAUAGGCUUUGUUCAAAAAAUAUUUACCCAACCCUUCAUACCCCAGAAAAAUGACUUACCCAACCCAUUUCUCUUCGGUACCAACCCCGGGUAUAAAUAAUGAACACUCCCUAAAUAAGCCGCGGCUUAAAUCGAAAAAACAGUCAAUUUGCAAUAAGCCGCGGCUUAUUUAGGCCUAGCUUUCAAGCCUGGGCUUAUAUUUUAGCCGCGACUUAUUGCAAAUUGACUGUUUAAAACGAGUCGUUCGCGACUUAUUUAAGCCGCGGCUUAUUUAGGCUGUGGCUUAUUUUCGCUCGUACAAAUGGCCCUAAUUAAUGGGGCACCAUACGUUCUCUGAAAUCUACAUGUGCAGGAAGUUUUAUAUUUGACUUAUACAGGAAAUUUUUGCUUUUGAAUUUCGCUGCCAGGAAGAGAGAUAUUUUGUACGCCUGCAUCCAAAAGUAAAGUAAAGAGAAAACUCCAAAAUACAUACGUAAAAAGUUGAAUUGACUAAACCUUGGCUAAAAUCAAUCACAUUCCAUUCAUAAACGUCCUCAGAGCUAUAAUCUUCACGAUCUUCCCUUUAGCUUCUUUUGGACAGUUUGCGAAUGAUCCGCCGUUGUAUUCAAGGAAAAUCCACGUGUCAGUGCGAGAAUUCCAGGAAUUAAUGAAGACGACUGGAGAACAUGAAAAUCCAUUGGAAACUCUUGAAGCUUUGUUGGAGGUAAUUUCUGCAGCUGGAAGUUUUUAUUCCCCAACUAAAAAUAUCGUUCUCUACAAAUAACCAAACACAAACCGCGUUUAAUCCAUUGAGUAUCGGCAUUUCCCCUUUGACAAGUAAAAUUUCCUCUUGUUUCAAAAUAUUAAUUAAAUAUUACUUGCUUUUGUGUUAGAGAAUCGAGUUUUAACCUCGGUUGGACCUACAUGUUGUGCAAUCUCUGUUAAAUUAAACGCAGGCAAACUCUAACGGCGUCAAGCAGUUACACUGUUCCUCAACCGAGCCUUAACCAAACAUCAAAUGUGCUUUAACCGAAACUCGAUGGAAUUUCCGCCGCAGUUUUAGACUUUUAGGUUGUUAUUGGAUGAUAGUCUAACGAUUGUUUUAAUGCUAUUCAGAAAAGUUGCAAGGAAGACGAGACAUUGGAAGCACUUCUUAAUGGCGUCGCGUCGCUAAGGAAAGUUGAAGAUGUCAAAAGUGAAAUGGAAGGUUAGAAUCAUAUACCGCCAUAAUAAUAAUAAUAAUAAUAAUAAUAAUAAUAACAUUUCUAUAGCGCAUAUACAUUACUGUUCUAUUCGCUUUACAUUGUAAAAUUAAGUAUACAGUAGUUUACAUCUAUUAUAUAUGUAUAAGCUAUAAUAUUAAGAUUCUUCUUAUAAGUCUCAUAUGUCUAUAUAUGUAUAUCUAAAAAACUAGUAAAAAUAUUAAAAUAAAAUCUCUUAUAACUGUAAGUCAUAUGUCAUAAGCUAAUUUAAAAAGAUGAGUCUUUAAUUUGGAUUUAAAAAUAUUAAUGUCAGUUAUAGAUCUAAUAUCCACUGGCAGUGUGUUCCAAAGUUUUGGGGCAGUUACCGAAAAUGCCCGAUAUCCAUAGGUUUUAAGUUUGUAUGGUUGUUCUGUAAGACGCCAUUUAUCUGCUGAUGAGCGAAGUAUUCUUGUUGGUUCAUAACGGCAUAUAAGUUCUUGUAAAUAUUUAGGAGCAAUGUUAUUUACUAUUUUGAAACACAUUAAAUUAAUCUUAAAAACUAUUCUUUCUUGAACUGGCAACCAAUGUAGGUUUCUUAAAGUUGGGCUGAUGUUUUUAUAUUUUACAAUCGAAUGACGUCUUAUUAUUUUUUACUUGUUUUUCUAGAUACAAAAGAAGACAACGAACCUGUCCUACCAGCCGCCCAGCCAUUGCAAACUUUGUUCAAUAAACGAGCAGCCUUCAGUUCUGGAGAAGAUGUCAGUGGCAGGUUUGAGAAUUUCUUUAAAUUUUUCCUGUAGGAAGCUACCACAUUCCUGUUUAAGGGAUGUUAGACUUUUAUUUCUGUAAUAUAAUAUUUUAAUCUCUUACACUUAUCUCAGGGUUAGCCCUACAUUAUGGUAUUCAACACCACCACCAGACGAUGUUGAUGUAGAAUCUGAACUGGUAUGUAACGUUUUAGAGAUACAGUUCACACGUAAAAACACACAAGUUGUCACAGGUCUGCAAACGAGUUGUUACAAAUCUGUUCACAAGCUGUCCACAAGUUGUGUUCGCAUUGCUUGUUCCUGGUUGUAACAAGUUUGGAGAAAGCUAACUUGUAAUAAGUUUGAUGGCAUCAUUAGACUUGUUACAAGGUUGUUCUAUAACAAGAUUUUGCGUGUGUAGCUGAAGAUAGCAAUUUCAUAAUUCCUAGGAACAAACGAACCUAGUCAGCGAUGUAUUGUGGGCAUGUUUUAAAGGGGACAAAACACCAAUAAUUUUUUCUCCCCCUUACUAACGAUCCACAAUGCAACACUACUCUUCUCUAUAAAGUGUAGAAUAUUUUAAGAACACUUCCAUUGCCGCGACUGUAAUACUUCUUUCUUUCCUGUCUCGGAUUAUGAGCUUAAGAUUAUACAUUAUUUAUCGCUUGAUGUAUUCCAGGUCAACUGCGAUUUCGAAGAAGUGAAAACAAAAUAUUUCCCAGACUUUGACAUCAAAGCAGAAUUGGAAAAAGAGUUGCAGUCAUCUGUGCAAGAUUCACCUAAGAGAAAACAUGGUUUUAAAAAGUAAGUUUUGUAAAUGAAAGGUAGUUCAGUUACCAAUAACUACUGGAUCUCUAGGAAGAAGAACAGUUUAGAACUGCUAGAGCUAUAUAUCCAGUAUUAGUAUAGGUAAUCAUGCGAUGGCGAGUAUAAUUAGGGAUUAAUAGUACGAGUGAGUCCCGCCGGGGCGAGACAUGUUUAUUAUCAGCAUGACAAAAUUGGAUACAUACUUCUUAAUGUCAACAUCAUAUUCUCUCGCCAAAGCCCAGUUCUGCCAGACUUUCAACCAUAGUUUGGUGCUUUACUUCGUGUUUUCAUUUAGUCCUUUUGUUAAAGCAAAAUUUGGUGCUUUUCUUCGUGUUUUCAUUUAGUUCUUUGGUUAAAGCAAAAUUUGGUGCUUUUGUUCGUAUUUUCAUCUAGUUCCUCUAGGACAAUUUCAUUUCACAUAAUCACAUUUGUGUUCAAAAUACCUUUCCGCCAUUUGCUAGUUUUGGGAAAAUCAUUAAUUGUACUGCAGCUCUCUCCCCCGCAGAGGCUUUCGUUUUCUUAGGAUUUAAUAUUACGGUGAGAUACAUUUCACUACACUUUACAUGGCGGAUUUUGGAACACUAGCAAAAGUACUGCAGUACAAUUAAUGAAAUAAUUGUACUCCUCUCAACCAAUCAGCAUCCAGUAAUUUUUUCAUGCUAAUAAUAAAUAAAGUUAGUUUAAUUCGGGUUUUCUCUCCUAGUAUAAUAGGAUAAAUAUGGGAUGACCCGUACUGGAAUUAUUCAGUAUGAUUAGUUUCAUAUCUUACCCUUGAAUACCAUAUACUUUCUAGGUUGGGCAAACGCAAAUUUGUGUCCAUGAUCCUAGAGAAAGGAGACCCACAGAAAAAGGCGAAACAAGAUGGUAACGUAUACAAAGUUGGAUUACUUUAGGUUUCCUCCUGUAAUAACGCUCUACGGAGACCAGUAUACAACGAAUUGAUACAGCUAUCCUAUGUAAUUAAAGUUUGUCUAAUUAUUCAUUUUCCAUCCCUCAGCUUUAGAUCGUGGCCGAGGUCGUGGCGGAAUGUUCCGAGGUGGUCGCGGUGGUGCAAGAUAUGAUAACUUCCGAGCCCGCACACAGAAUACCAGUCGUCCUCCCUCCAUGCAUGUAGACGACUUCGUGGCGAUGGAGAGUGGGCGUGGCAGAGGAAGGGGUAGGGGUGGGCAGUCAACCUUAAAUGAUCGUUCUGCAGCCAGACCUUCGAUACGCAAGGUAGGUGGGGAGCAGAAGAAAAGAGAAGGAAAAGCCAUUCACCACACUUUGGACAGUAACACUUGUACAUCUAUCUGCAGGCAGUAACUCUUGUAGUUUAUCAAUCUGAAAGUUGAUCUAUAUAGUAGAGAGUGAGGGCAGAGAAUAAGGGCAGUCUCCCUUAGCUUGGCCGUCCCUAGCAAUCAAGCAAACCUAUAUCAAGCAAACCUUUCAGUUUGCCUGGCUUGGACACACUCAAAGACAACAUCACAAAAAUAUACCUUGAUGCAGCUGAGUGCAUAGCACCAGAAACGAAUCUAGGCAGAUAUGAACUGGUCAGGCUAGGCUAGUUUAAUACCUUUUGUUUAUCGUUGCGAAGACAAGCAGAUAUUGUUUUAAAAGUUGCAUUUCAGGACAUAAAUCUAAUUUCCGAUAAUGUCCCAAUUUAUGCUUUUUAAUAAAACUAUUUAAGUUUUUAGUGAAACUAUACGCGUGCCUUAGAAUAUCAGUCAAGCACGGACAUUGUCCGACGUAGAGAGGAAGCCACUGGACAUUCUGUCCGACUUAAGUGAAGCUGAGGUUUAUUGUUUGUACGAUCGUAGUGAAUUGGUGUCCGACCUAACUGUAACUUUGUCCAACGUAAAUCAAAAUGUACCCUAGUCCAGGACUAGAGACUCGUGUGUUAAAUGGAGAAUCAGAGUAAUGUAUAGAAAGUGAACUCCAAGUCAAACUGAACUCAAAGUCAUUGGACAUCACAAUACAUAUGUCCGACACAAAGUUAUCGAACAUUUUGUCAGACGUUCUCUGACCGAUAUUUUAAUUUUGUUUUCAUUUAACUUAGAUUCAGACAUUGAACCGUAACUCGCCAGAUCCUCACAGAUUGGAAGGAUUUUUGCCAAAUGAUGGACGCUGGAAUAUACCUGGCGCAUCUCGUAGAGAAGGUGGGCACUAAUGCUGAAUGUAAAAUACUUGGGAUGAUGCUUGAAUACUUGAUUUUUGGCGUUUCGUGCUUAACAUACACACGUAAAAAUGAUGCACAAGUUGUUACAGAUAUACAAACAAGUUGUUACAAAUCUGUUCACAAGCUGUCGACAAGUUGUCUCGCACUGCUUGUUCCUUGUUGUUGGAACAAGCUGUUAGCAACUUGUAACAAGCUUGAUGGCAUUAUCAGAUUUGUUACAAGGUUGUUCUAACAAGUCUGGUACUGUCAUGAUAUAACAAGAAUGUUACAAGGUUGACAACAUAAGAUUGUAACAAUAUUGUUAUAUCAUGAUUGUAUUGGCUUGUUAGAACAACCUUGUAACAAGUUUGAUAAUAUCAACAAGGUUGUUACAGCUUGUUCCAAACUUGUUGACAACUUCAGAGAAGCAGUGCUAACACAACUAAUUGUUGACGGCUUGUUGGCAGACCUGUUACAAGAUGUAAGUUUUUGCGUGUGUACGCCAGCAGCUAAAACGUUCAAAGUCAUGUGGGAUUUUUAUGUUGUUUGUAAAGAAAGAUACGUACUUCUAAGAGGAAAAAAAGUUCAGUAAUGUAUGCUUUGGCACGCAUAUACAAAAAGUUAAGUGAUUUGGUUUUCUGCCGUUCUCGGUUGCCAAACGCUUUUUUUGCCAGACGCAAGUACAUACCCAGAAUGUCCCAGAUUAUCGCAACUUCUCACGCUACAAAGCUCCUACAUUACUGUAUUGAAAUCUGAUUUCUAUUUCCAGUUUCCCUGGCGGCGCAUCCGUUACACGCAUUACGCAAUCAAGCGGCUUGGGAACCACGCCAAGCUAUGGACACAGCGGGAUUUCUGGAACGAGGCUUUCAGAGAGCGUGAGUAUACUACUUGGAAAUAUCGUAUACGAUUGCCAUUCUGGAUUAAAAUAUAACCCGUUGUUUUAGUAUGUGUAUUUCUUCAAAAACUUCAAAGAAGAAAACUCCUACUGAUUCAGACAAGAUCUCUGAACAAAUAUUUCCAAAUUUAUAAACAAGCUGUUGGAAAUUUGCUUUGAAUUUUAGGUGAACCUAUAGGAUUAAGUUAACCCAGCUUUGUACAACUGGCCCCAGGGGCCGGUUGUAUCAAGCCCGUUUAGCUUAAACGGUGGAUAAGUCAAAAUUAAAUAGAACUCAUAUCUCCCGUGAAUCAGUUAACUUAAAUAUUCUGCACUGAAUAUGAAGUUGUAAACAUUAUCGUUCUAUUAAAGUUCAAAACUUUUAAUUUGGUUGUUGAAUGAAUGUAUAGACUUGCUUUCUAUUUUGAGCUUAACCACCGUUUAAGCUAAACGGGCUUGAAACAACACUGAACAGGCCCCAGGCGUAUUAAAAAUAUGCGGUCGUCAAUGUCCUGUUUAUGGUGAAAUUUGAAAUGUGUGACCUCACCAACAUAAAUAACUUAGGUUUUCUGUUAUUCUUUUUUAGAGGCAACUGGGGAACGCCGGCCACUGUAAACUACAGAGGUAAGUCCUUUUUGCAUGGCGUGGUUCAGAUUUCUGACGAGAUGGGGGUAAACCGUAGACCCAACUUCUGUUAAAGGGGAGUGGCCAUAUAUUUUUUUAGUUUCUCAUUUGAAAAUUCAUCAAAAAUUUAUCCAAGAUGGCGGACAUCUCAUUACUUCAAGUGAAAAUAUUUCAAGAACUAAGCAAGAUAUGAAAAACCGGUAAACGAAGCUAAUAUAUAGUUUCAAAAGUUCAUUCAAAUGAGAAAAUAAAAAAUUACAUUGCCAUUUCUCUUUAAGUUUUUUUUUUGUAUCAUGGAACUUUUGUCAAGCGCAAAAACGAGCUGUGAGUGUUGUGACCAAUGGGACGUUUGUUUGAAGUUUUUGCCUAGGAUUAAAGCAACAGGAUACUGAUGUUUAGUUGAUGAUAUUCCUUGUUCCUCUCAGGUUUCCGUGAGACAGCUUAUCGUGAUCAACAGUUGCGCGGAGGAUUCUGGGCAGGACCACAACAGGAAGCAGAACGCAAAGAUGCCAGGUAUAACGAAGCCGUGUUUUUAUUAUAAAACUAUAUUUUGGACACACUAGUAUCAGGGUUUCCAAUAGAAUUUGAAGUAAGAGGCUUUUUGAAAGAAGAAUAUCGUGUAAAAUUCUUUGGUAAAGAUGAAUAACCUGCGAUUGUCUAUACGCUAUAGACGGCGAAAAUCUCCUGUGCCGGGUCUUGUUUGACAAUUUCAAUCAUGUUACUAUAUCUAAUGAUAAUUAAAAUGGUCUUCAUUUCACAAGAUAAAAAAUACAUAUCGUAUGUUACAUAGAUCAAAGAAUUCUGAUAUAUUACAAGGCUAAAUUAUAUUUAAAACACUCAUUAAUAAUUCAUAAGCUUAUUGGCAAAUCAUGUCAACCAUAAUAUGUCAUGUGAAGAGGCUUUAUACCUGAAAAACUCAUCUUCAUUAGUAUUCUUUAUAUAAAAGUCCUUCCUAAUUAGUAUUCUUUAUAUAAAGAGUAUAUAAAGAAUACUAAUGAGACGGCAUCUAUUGUAGUCGUGUUUGAAGCUAUUCAAAACACUUGCAGGAGAGUUUUAUCAUAUCUAAAAUGCUCGUGCUGCGCACUCGCAUUUUAAAUAUGACAAAGUAGUACUUAAAAAAUAGUACUUAAAAAAUAGACGAUUAAUAUAAGAAUUUUAAAACGGUCUGUGUUAAUCUUUGGACAGAAACUAGAUCUUUUUUAUUUUUGCUUUUGUAAUUGCCUUCGUAAAUCCACAAAGUUGAUUUGAUAAGGAAAUUGGCACCCACCCCCUUUGUCGAGACUAGGGAGGGGUACGUACCCCCUGCACCACCCCGCAGUAAAUCCAUCCCCGUAACGAGCAUUCCAAUCUUAGUUUAUGUUUAUAUCAGUGGUCGUCAUUUACUGUUUCAGAUUCCUUCCUCCCCCACCAGCGAACUUCGACAACUACAGAGCUGGAGGAACACGUGGUAGACACAUGAGAUCUUUUACAAGAUAAAACAAAUACUUUUCCCACCAAAAUGUACAUCAUUUCAUGCUAUUCAUGUAAGUAAAGGUAAUUAUUUGACAGGCCCUCAAUAAUUAAAUUGUCAACAGUUUUCUGGAGAAGUAUGUACGGUUCCUGAAAUUUAUUCACCAACGAAAUCCUUCGUCGUCAAGGAUAUUCAAAAUCUGCAAUGACGGAGUUUUCAUGGCGAAUCUUCGCAUUUCGCAGAUCAUAACCAUUUGCGGAAUUUUUGGAGAAAGGGUGCGCCUUUUGGUAGCAAACCUUUUGGUAACUUUUUGAGGACAUGGGUGCACAUGAUAUUUUUCUCAUUGUAAUUCCCUGAGCAGACCAAAGCAUACACAUGCAAUGCAUGAUGUAAGAUUGGUCGAGAAUUAAACUUUUCUAGUCAGUUUUGCAGUUUUGGAUAAUCAAAAAUUAGAAAACCUCAUCUCUAAAAUGGUUCGAUUUUAUGAGGUUGGUUGGGGGGGGGGGGUGCAAGUUCACGCCCAUAAACCAUUACUGACAUUUUUGGAUCAGAACCUCGAUAUUUCAUCUAGAUACUGAAAAUUUCACCUCAAACGUCAAGUGUCUUAUAAGGCCCUUUUCCACUGUAAAAUGUGAUUGGCCAACACAAAUUUUCCGUGGGAAAAAAAUUUUGAAGUUAAAAUUUUCAACUUUUAACAAUGACAUUUUCGGAAAAUUUUCUGUUCGUGGAAAUUUUCUUCAUUGGAAAUGGUCCUUUAGCCCCUUAUACAGUCUACAUUCGCUAGGUUGUUAAUUACAUCAUUACUGUAAGGCUAUGUCAAAAUAUGGCCUGCUAUUUAAUACCAUCCCAUUUUCCUCUCCACAUCUUCCUCUGUUUUCAUCUCUUGUCUGUGAUCAACCUCAUUCUCGUCAAAUGAAUGUACUUCGUGUAAAUCAAACUCAUCUGUUCUGUCAAUUGGCGACUGCCAGUCGCGAGGGACUGGGAUGAGUGGCAUGCAAUCAUUUAUAGGAAGAACUCGCAGCAUCUCGACUUCGCCU